AUGUUGUAAUUCUGUAUUGUAAUUAAUUAUUGUAUUGUAUUGUAAAAAAUUAUGUGUGAUAAAAUAUUAAUAUACUGUUUAAUUGCUUUACUUAACAUGACAACCUUAAUUUAAUUGUAAUUAUGAUCAAGGGAAACGAUAGUAUCUCGCACCAAGUGCGAUGCAAUGACGCCCAAGUGGCGAAACUGCCCCGUGUAUGAUACGUGAAGCAAGUAAAUGAGUGUAUCGUUAGUUAGCAGAUUAGUGUCACCAUUAUUGGCAGAUCUCAGUAACAGAUGAACAGUGUUCACCACGUGGAGGUUGCUGAUUGGAUUUGCACACCUUGUUGCCCUGAAAAGGGCCGAUUGCUCCGCUUUACACUAAUCCAUGAGAUGUUCAAAAUGUCCUCCAGCAUUUUAUAAACAUAAUAUAAUUCUUCUUCUGAAAUUACGUACUUACUGCUUCUCGUAACGUAUCUCGAGUAAUCUCCAAACUUGCUCUUCUUAUUUUUUGCAUCAUGUUUUCUCUUGUAGUUGGCGCGUCUUCGUAAACCACAUUUAUCACAUAACCCCAGAGAAAAAAGUCAAGGGAAUUCAAGUCUGGUGAUCUUGGAGGCCAGAGAAUAGAAAAACAUGAUGCAAAGAAUAAGAAGAGCAUGUUUGGAGUCUCACAUAAUGUUUCAACAUUUCGUAUCUUCAUCAUUCACAUGGUAUCUGUACAACAAAUAUAGAUGUAUUACAACAAAUAUAGAUAUAUUACACCAAAAAAUUCACACGGAUGUUAUGUAUUCUCGUACGAUGAAUAUUCUUCAACGUCUCAAAGUGGACUGAUCUUUCAGCCGAAGGCGAUAGUCAAAUGCGCUUGCGCUUCAGAAAUAAAAAUUUAAACUAUGUCUGUGUACUUUCCUUAUUACGUUGUUACAAUUUACUUAUUUCACAAAAUGUUUUUUAUAUACCAUAACGAUACUCCUAUUAUAUUGAUUAUGAUGUAUGUAAAAUACCACUUGUUUUUCACUCCAUAAUGAUAGAAAAUUAUUAAAUGAUAGAAAUUACUAAAUUUCAUUCAUCUUUAUAUUUUGUCUUAACAACAAUGUAUAGAUAUAGGUAUAGUAGAAAUUUUAUAAAAAUGAAGACAUUCAAUGUAGUUGUCGGAAGAUCCGUCAGUCGUUAUUGACAAAGUUCCUCCGCCGCGCGAAAUGGUAUUUGCUGGCGAACGUUGUUUUAAACUUCAUCGUAUUAUGCUUAUCGCUAUGGGAUUGUGGCCGUAUCAGAAACCAUUUAUUUGGCGAAUGCAAGCAGUUUUCUUCUUCAGUGUAUACUGCUUCAGUUUAUUUUCUCAAUUUACACCGUUCUUUACGAGACCUUGUAACAUGGAAUGUAUCCUGAAAAGAUUUUCUUAUAUUUGUAAUACUUUCGUUUAUAUCAUGAAUUACUACUCGUUCUAUUUCAAUUCUGACGCUGUAAAGCAAAUGUUUGAACAUAUGCAGCUUGACUGGAAAAUAUUUAAAAAUAAUGAUGCAAUGAACAUAUUUGAAGAAUAUCUCUUUGAAUCUUAUAUUUUCGCAGUAUCUACAAAUAUUCUUGUUUUAAUAGGUGGAUUUGGCUUUAUCAUUAUUGAAUGUAGAUCUAUUAUUCUUGAUAUUAUUAUACCAAUGUUGACUCACAAAUCACGACCACGUCAACUUGAAAUGGAUCUUGAACUUUUCGUCGAUAAAGAACACUAUUUUUUUUUGUAUUUAGGGCAGGAGUUACUAGUAAUAGGGAUCGGUACUUGGUCGAUGCUUACGACUGGAACAUUCCUAACUACAGUAACAAAACACUCAUGUGCAACAUAUAAAAUUGUUAGUUAUUUAAUCCAAAAUACAGUAACUGUCCAUACGCUACAACUUCCUGUUGUUCAAAGAAUACAAUACAUGCGUCGGAAUAUUUGUCUUUCAGUUUACCUUCAUAGAAGAACCUUGGAGUUCUGCAAAGGCUUGUUACUUUCGUUUGAUAUGUGGUAUUUCCCAUUACUUUUAGUUGCCGUCUUGUCUUUAAGUUGCAUUCUAUUUCGCCUAUACAAUGCUAUAAUUCAGUUCGAUGAGUUGUAUGGUAUUUUAGUGUCCUGCAUAACUUUAGGUUGUUAUUUCGUGUAUAUGUUUAUGGGAAAUUUUCUUGGACAAACUUAUACCGAACAUAGUGUAGAAGUAUUAGACUCUACAUAUGAUACUCUUUGGUAUGUAGCACCAUUACCGAUUCAGAAAUUGUUCUUGAUUAUGCAAAAAUCUAUAAGGAGCCAUAAAAUAAUAUUGUGUGGUCUUUUUGUUGCGUCCAUAGAAGGAUUUUCUGCGCUUGUGACUUCGGCUGUGUCAUAUUUUACAGUCAUGCACGCUAUGCGUUCAUAAAUAUGAAAUAGCGACAAAAUAGCGAAGAUGUAGUUAUUCAGAGCAAUGCUUACAUACAUUAUAUUGUAAGUGUUCUUACAAAGAUAAAUGAUGAAAGUUUUUAAAGAAUGAAAGGAGCUAUCUAUGUUAUACGUCAGAAAUAUGUGUAAUUGGCACGUAUCGACUAUUUCGGGCAAGAUAUUUCAUUACAUCAUAAAUUGCAGUAUAAA